ACAACAACAGCAGCAAUAGCAGCAACGACAAAAUAAAAGCAAUUCCAUAGGAGCAUAGAGCAGCGCAUGUUAACCAAAAGUCUGAUAAGAAGAGUUCUAUACUGUUAACAAAUACGACACAUUCACAUAUCCUUAGCACUCAACUUAACAGCGCGUUAAAAGAGUGUGCAUCAAGAGUAGCCCAUGCACAAAUGACAGACAAAAGCAGAUUGCUGCAACCAGUUAACAUGAAUGAGCAUUGAGCUACGCCGAGACAGACAAAAGCUGAUUGCUGCUAAACUGAACGACUGACAGUAAAGAAAUCAAAUUUGUCUUGCAAUUUAAAAUUUUGUAUAGUUAAUAAAGGUUAAACUUUGACAGUUUGACAAGCGCACAGCAUUCACACACAUACAUAUAUAGAGUUAACAUGACGCUGCAAACAUUUACACGCAAAAUGCGCGGACGGAUGCGCUCAAACACCUGUCGCAUUGUCCUGCUCACCUCAUUGGUUUGGGUCAUAUUUGACUUUGUCCUGAUUGCCCGUUAUUCGGACUGCAUCGGUAAAGAUGGCUGGCGUUGCAGGCGAGCCGGCGAAUACGACGUUGAGCUGCCCAACGCUGAGCGUUUGGCGGACGACAAUCAGCUCGUUAAUGACAAUGAAAUAAAUACCGAGAAGUCAUUGGAUGGCGAGGAUAAUGGCGGUGGUCCGGCACCCAUAAUGGGCCAGGGCUUUGUCUCUGGUGGCAUUUCGAUGACCUAUCGCAGUGUUGUCCUAAAGAAAUGGUUCCAAGCGCCCACAGUGCGAGAGGCACGGGGUAAACCUGGCGAAAUGGGCAAACCCGUCAAAAUACCCGCCGAUAUGAAGGAUCUCAUGAAGGAGAAGUUCAAGGAGAAUCAAUUCAAUCUAUUGGCCAGUGAUAUGAUCUCAUUGAAUCGCUCGCUAACAGAUGUGCGACAUGAGAACUGCCGUCACAAACACUAUCCUUCAAAGCUGCCAACGACUUCAAUAGUUAUUGUCUUCCAUAAUGAGGCGUGGACCACCCUACUGCGCACAGUUUGGAGCGUCAUCAAUCGAUCGCCGCGCUCUCUACUAAAGGAGAUCAUAUUGGUGGACGAUGCCAGUGAGCGAGACUUCCUUGGCAAACAGCUGGAGGAUUAUGUGGCCAAAUUACCUGUGCGUACGUUUGUGCUGCGCACGGAGAAACGCUCGGGCCUGAUACGCGCUCGCCUGCUCGGCGCUGAGCAUGUGACAGGUGAGGUAAUCACCUUCCUGGACGCCCAUUGUGAGUGCACUGAGGGCUGGCUGGAGCCUCUGCUCGCUCGCAUCGUGCAAAAUCGUCGCACCGUCGUCUGCCCCAUCAUCGAUGUCAUCUCGGAUGAUACGUUUGAGUAUAUAACCGCAUCGGACUCGACGUGGGGCGGCUUCAACUGGAAGCUCAACUUCAGAUGGUAUCGUGUGCCGCAGCGUGAGAUGGCGAGGCGGAAUAACGAUCGCACAGCUCCGUUGAGGACUCCGACUAUGGCUGGCGGAUUGUUCUCGAUCGACAAGGAAUACUUCUAUGAGAUUGGCUCCUACGACGAGGGCAUGGACAUCUGGGGCGGUGAAAAUUUGGAAAUGUCGUUCCGAGUUUGGAUGUGCGGCGGCCUGCUUGAGAUAGCGCCCUGUUCCCGUGUCGGUCAUGUCUUUCGUAAAUCAACCCCAUAUACCUUCCCGGGCGGUACGACGGAGAUUGUUAAUCAUAACAAUGCGCGUCUGGUCGAGGUUUGGCUGGACGACUGGAAAGAGUUCUACUACAGUUUUUAUCCAGGCGCUCGCAAAGCUUCAGCUGGAGAUGUUAGCGAUCGUAAGGCUUUGCGUGAACGUUUGCAAUGCAAGAGCUUCCGCUGGUAUCUGGAGAACGUCUAUCCAGAGAGUUUAAUGCCACUGGAUUACUACUAUCUGGGCGAGAUACGCAAUGCAGAGACUGAAACCUGCCUGGACACCAUGGGUCGCAAGUACAACGAGAAGGUGGGCAGCAGCUACUGCCACGGCCUCGGCGGCAAUCAGGUGUUCGCCUAUACCAAGCGUCAGCAGAUAAUGUCCGAUGAUCUGUGCCUGGAUGCGGCCAGCGCGAAUGGGCCAGUGAAUAUGGUGCGCUGUCACAAUAUGGGCGGCAAUCAGGAAUGGGUGUACGAUGCAGAGGAGAAGUGGAUCAGGCACACGAACACGGGCCAGUGCUUGCAGCGUGCCACGCGAGACGAUGCAAGCACGCCGCUGCUGCGUCCCUGCAACUACUCCAAGGGACAGCAGUGGCUGAUGGAGUCCAAGUUCAAGUGGCAGGCGCACUAGCUAAUAGCUAAACAGAUAACUACGAACUACAACUAAAAACAAAUAACUGAAGAACUUCCAAUUUGUGUU